AUGACCGCGCCUGCAAGGAUAAAUGAUAUUUAUAAAAAGCAGAAUGGGGUUUCACGUUUUCUUAAAAACGAAUUCAAACCAGUGAACUUCUUGUUUCCUAUAAAGAAACUUGAGCUUUUCAACAGAUGUCAGUGGCCCAUUCCAGCCCCUAUUUUUGUGAUCUACAAAGGAGUUUUCGCUCUUUAUUUGUUGGUGACAGUAAUUCUCUUUCUAACGAACAGAGGACUCAACUACUUUGUGUACAUGACAAACAUUUCGUUCACUGUUCUUACCAUUUAUUUUAUUUCGUCGGCCAUUCGUGUUUUCUUUAGCGAUAUCAUACGCAGCCAAGUUGAAAAAGAGAGGACAUCUGAAGAAAUUAUUUUGCACUCUAGCAUGCCAACCGCUGAUCAGGUGAGAAGAAAUCUUCUGAAAUUCAGUAUCUGGUUCGAAUGGCUGGGUCGAGAUAUUGCAUACAUCAUGUCGCCAAUUGUUACGACGGGUUACUUUGGUCUGGUGGUGAAUUUGGAAGGGUCCAACGGUUUAUCGUUAAUAGACAUCCAUGCACACAUUCUCAAUGUUGUUAUUGUGGUUAUCGAUAUGUCUCUUUCUGCCUCUCCUUUGAAAUGGUAUCACCUGGUGUGGGCAAUGCUGUACGGCACUUUCUACGGUGUGUUUUCAUAUAUUUACUAUUCACUAUACGGACUUGUUAUCUAUAAAGGCCUGACGGAGAAAAUGGAACUAUUUUGA